UUUGAAGAUUGUCAUCAGCAGCUCAGAUUUGACCAACUUGCCCAGAAAAUAUGUCUUUCUUCAAGAAAUUCUACCAAAAUAUAAUCCAUAACAGAGACCCCGACAAAGACACCACUAAAGUGGGAGGGAAGGUGACGCCUGUGUUUCAAGGUACAGUAGCACCUUAUCCGAACUUCAAUGCCAGCAAAGAUGCUUCGGUUCUGCAGAGCGCCAUAGAUAGUAAAGGGGUAGACGAGGAUGUGAUCAUUUCAGUCCUGGUCAAAAGAAACAAUGAGCAGAGACAGAAGAUAAAAGCUGUCUAUGAGGCUUCCACUGGAGAGUCACUGAGUCGAGCUCUGAAGUCUGCUCUCAGGUCAGAUUUGGAGGACAUGUCUUUGGCCUUGUUGAUGACUCCAGCACACUUUGAUGCAUUUUUGCUCAGAAAAGCAACAAAGAGACUAGGCACGGAUGAAGAUGUCCUAGUGGAAGUUCUGGCAACGAGGUCAAAUGAACAGAUUCGGGAUCUUAAGAAGGCCUUUAAAGCAGACUACAAUAAAGACCUGGAGGACGUUAUCAAGGACGAAACCAAAGGUGAUUUUACCACCGCUCUUCUGGCCAUGUUGAGAGCAGACAAAGAUGAAAACACAAAAGUGGACAUGGAUAAAGCCCACGAGGAUGCAGAGAGUCUUUUUGAAGCUGGUGAGAACACAAAAGGGGUCGAGGUCUCUGCUUUCAUCGACAUUCUGACCACACGCAGCGGACCACAACUCUCUAAAACAUUCCAAAGGUACGCAUGUGUCAGUGACAUGACGUUACCUAAAGCCCUGAACGUCGAGCUGAGAGGAGACAUUGAAGAUUGUCUCAUUGACAUUGUAAAAUGUGCAUGGAGCACACCUGCAUUCUUCGCUGAGAAGCUCCAUCGUGCUAUGGAGCGUCACGGCACAUGUGAAGAUACGCUGAUCAGGGUGCUGGUGAGCCGCUCUGAAAUCGACUUGAAGAAGAUCUUAGAAGAGUACAGAGCCAUGUAUGACAGAACACUGCAGGAGGACAUACUGAAAGACACCAAAAAUCAUUUUGAGAACAUCCUGCUUGGACUGUGUGGACCUCACUGAGGAACAUCAAACGAGCGGGUGCCGCGUCGUUAAAUGACAUCAUGGAAUUCAGCAAUUGUUAUUAAUAUACAGAAACAAUAUUAGAGGCUGCAUAAUUUCAACACAAUGUUCACAUUACAUUUAACACAAGGCCAAACAUAAAAAGAAUGAACAUGAUAGUUUUUUCAAAGUCAUCAUUGUGUACAGUAUGAUGCAUCAGUCCAUAUAUUAUUGACAAAAAAAUUGUCUCCUGAAUAAAAACAUUUAUGUCGAUG